AUGCCUUCAGUCCUAUCCACCAUGGUGCAAGCCGCCGUCUCGCAGCAGCUCUACAAGGAAGUCUACGAUCUCAGCCUCGACUUCCCCAUCUCCCAAAACCCCCGCUAUAAACCCCACACCUUUACAGAUCCCGCAACCGCCACCGAAACGGAAACCGAGCCCGCCAAAGCACACGACUACCCACUAGAGUCCGAAGAGAACAACCAAAAAGACCAGGUCCGUCCCUACAGCGCUCUCCCGCCCGCCCGCAACGAACAGCCCGUUAAGCCCCUCCGCGGCCUCAACAAGGGAGCACGCGGGUGGUACUGCUUCCUUGGGGAGAUCGUCGAGGUUUACGUCACCGACGACGGGAAGAACUGGUUGAUCGAGGCCGCUGAUAGGGAUCGUAGCCGAGUGCCGAUUGUCUUUGCCGAUACCCGGGAUAACGAUGAGCUCUUUAGGGCCUUUGAAUCUGCUAUACAGCCUGGUCAUGUCGUUAUGAUCCUUUUUGCUAAACGCCAUAGGUUAGGAGAGGGGGAGGAUUCGGGCGAGUGUAUUUGGGUAGAGAAUCGCAGGGAAGUCAAGUUCUUCGAGACUUCCGUUGAAUACCUCGGUGACCUCGAGCGCCUACUCUCGCAACAUUCUCGUGGUGCCCAAGCAUAUCGUCGGUUUUACCAGUGCUUCGGCUGCAGGAUGUCCAAGUAUCCCGAGGAACUCAUCCCCUGCCCGGAUUGCGGAAUGUUUUGGUUCUGCGACAAGCCCGCCGACGACCACACUACAACUACCUGCCACGAAAUGGCCCUCACCCACCGCGAUCAUUUCGACGUCUGCAGCUUGCUCGGAGACCCCGAUGUCUACCGCCUUUUCUCCGGUCGCCAUCGUAUGGUUGGUCGAUUUCUUUCUCCUGUUGUCAGACAGAAUUUCCUUGUUGGGUCUACUUGA